UUGUUGAAAACAAUCACCAAAGAAAUGAAUGAAUAGCUUAGAAAGAAAUUAAGUAGUCCACGCAAAUGUUCCUCUGCUCAUCCUCGACUAUUCGUGUUGAUACCAUUUGAUUUCUUACUUUGUUUCUUCAAACUAACAAACAAUGAGAAUUUGCUUCUCACGUUCUUCUCCUCUACCCGUCUUCAUUCUCAUCGUCAUCGCCACCGGCAUUUUGAAGGAUGCUGGAUUCAAUCGAUUCGCCGACGGCGGCCAACGGAGAAUCCACAUUACAGACGAUCUCGACGACGUCGUUGACGACGAGGAGGACGACUCUUGGAAGGAUUGGGGCAAGAAAAAGUCCGUUUCUAGUGAUUUCGACAUCCCGCCGGCUGAUUUAUCGAAGAUGGACUUUCCGGAGAUUCAGGCUGAGAUGAUGAAGCGGCAUUCUGGUCCAACCAUGGGAUUUGUCAAGCUUCGGCUCGGCGUUCGGCGGACCCCGGAUAUGGUGGCUGAAAUUGCUAUGCAAUGGACGAAAGUUCUGAAAACUGGUUCCGUGGAUGCAAAAUUUAUGGCGGUAGACCUUAAUACACUCAUGUUCACAAUGGACAGAGGACAAGACUUGAAUGAGUUGAAGGAGUUUGUGUUGAGCCAAGCAGAAUCAUACGAGAUAAAAAUUGGGGACAACGUAUUUCGAAGACCUGGAGAUCCUCCUCUGGAAGAAGUCAUUCAGUUGCUCCAAAAAGACAAGAACAAAGCUGAUGGCACUGUUCCUUCAGAAAAUGCUGAGCCAUUGCAUCGGGAAUUGUAGAACUAAAUACUAAUAUGGUACCAAUCUUUAACUUGAAAGUGAUUUUUUUGGAUUUGUUCGUUUGUUUAGCUUCCGAGUCCUCACAGUCUUCUGGUACCAAUGGAUGGAAAUUACAGAAAGAAAAGAAAAAUCAUCUGUGUGUCUCUUUGAUAGUAAUUCAAUGAGACUAUCACGACGUGGUUGACAGUUUUCAUGUACAUCAAAUUUGUUGUUAACAGACAAUAAUUUGAAUCCACAUCUGAUAGUUAUUAUGAAGUUGUUAA